CUAUGUUCUGCGACCGUCACCGUAUAUAUCCUCGCGCUCAGAGGGGAAGGAUAAGUAGCAGAUAUCUAUCCAUCGCCUCCUGAACGAGUUAAUUCCUCUGUCCUGCUAAAUCUAUCAGCAAGAAGAGAAAUCUUCCGUACUUAAGCUGGUUGUCUAUAAUAACAAAAAGGAAAACAUGGUCGACAGUUCGAAAGCCCCUCUUCCUUUCAGAGACAGUGCUCUUUCAUUCAAGAGGGAGUACGCAGAGUCUCUAGAUGCUCAGGAUCCGCUUCGCGAAUUUAGGAAUCAGUUCAUCAUUCCCUCAAAAGCAGAUCUAAAAAGAAAAUCCCUUGCCGUUGCCGAAGGAGAAAGCCCAUCUUCAGAUUGCAUAUACCUUUGUGGAAAUUCCCUUGGCCUUCAACCGAAAAAUGCUCGCAUGUACAUUGAUCGAUUUUUACAAACAUGGGCGACCAAGGCCGUUCUCGGACACUUCACUAAGCUCGAAGACUCCCCUUUCCCUCCGUACAUGGACUACGAUGAUGUUACGUCGAAGCUGAUGGCUCAGGUCGUGGGAGCGCUUCCGAGCGAAGUGGCCGUUAUGAGCACGUUGACAGGCAAUUUGCACCUUCUUAUGGCGAGCUUUUACCGCCCGACAAAGGAGAAGUAUAAGAUUAUUCUUGAAGGGAAGGCUUUCCCUAGUGAUCAUUAUGCCGUGGAGUCUCAAAUUCGGCAUCAUGGUUUCGACCCGAAAGAUGCUAUGGUGCUAAUCGAGCCGAAGGACCUUAAAGAGCCUGUCCUUCCGACAGAAAGGAUACUGAAAACCAUCGACGAGCAUGCAUCCAGCACUGCUCUCAUCUUACUCCCCGGCAUCCAGUAUUACAGCGGCCAGUAUCUUGAUAUUCCAACUAUUACAGCCCAUGCGCACUCUAAGGGCCUACUUAUAGGAUGGGACUGUGCACAUGCUGCUGGAAAUGUUGAAUUGAAGCUCCACGAUUGGGAUGUGGACUUUGCCGCUUGGUGUACGUAUAAAUACGUGAAUUCAGGCCCUGGUUCCAUGGGAGCUCUGUUCGUGCAUGAAAAACACGGCCAAGUCAACCUGGAGAAUAAAGAAGAUCCAUACAGACAUCGCCUAACGGGCUGGUGGGGCGGGGAUAAGAGCCUGAGAUUUCUCAUGGAUAAUAAUUUUGUUCCUCGCCCUGGUGCGGCUGGAUUCCAACUUUCGAACCCUUCGGUCCUUGAUAUGACUGCUGUACUCUCUUCUCUCGACAUUUUCGACAAGGCUACUAUGCCUGCGCUUCGAAAGAAGUCCCUUGAGUUAACUGCAUAUCUGGAACAUUUACUCCUCAACUCCCCGGAGGGUGUCCGACCCAGCGACGAUCCAUUCUCGAUUAUUACUCCAUCUGAUCCUGAAGCACGGGGUGCGCAGCUGAGUGUGCUAUUGAAACCCGGGCUUCUCGACAGCGUAUUUAGUCAUCUCGUUGACAAUGGUGUUAUCCUGGAUGAAAGAAAACCUGAUGUCAUCCGUGUCGCCCCAGCACCACUAUACAACACAUUCACAGAUGUGUGGGAUUUUGUUCAGAUUUUCUUUGAUGCCUGCCGCAAGGCAGCUCAGGAAAAGGAUACAACAAGUUAGGUUGAAAGUAUGUACAUAUAGUCCAUUGGCUGUUCAAAGCGAAGUACAGUCCAAAUUCCUUUAAGGGGGAACCUUUAUUGACUGGGUGCUGGUCUACUUCAAAUGUUAUUUUCUAAUAAGUUUCCUGUAUGUUAGGCCACGGAUAACCAUGAGGUGUUGGUGUUAUAAUUCCACCAUUAGAAGCCAUUGAGGGAAACUGAUCAGUCUCAUCUAUUCUCCAGAUCAGAGGUUAUCCGAGAAGGAUUGGUUGUCCUAGUUUCUUACGGAGCUAGCUUGGUUAUCAUCAAAAACAAAAAAAAAGAAAAAAAAAGGAAAAAAAAAA